AAACAAGAUUAAAUAUUUGUGAGUUUAAUUCUCCAAAAGCUUUACUUCGAUCAAUCGUUAUGCCUAUUCAAUUCAGUUCACUUUGUGAAUUUGACCAGAAUUAUUGUUAGACGGAAAAUAGCAAAAGGAGUCUCAGAGCAGUAUGAUUUUGAAAAUGCUUAUUUCGUUAAGUAUUUUUUUAACCGUUAUAAACUUGACUACCAGUCAAUGGUGCACUAAAUUACAAAGAGUAAAAGUACCUUCUUAUCAAACAAGACAUUAUAUAGAAACUUAUCAGACUGGUGGAUGGUUUCGGGAUAAAAAAACCAGACGUGCAAUCACUUCGGAUUUAGUUUAUAAAUAUGUAACAAGAAUUGAAUUAACAUGUUGUGCUGGUUACGUAAUGAGGAACAACGACUGCGAGCCACAGUGCCCUGCAGGCUGUUCGCCGCAUAGCAUUUGUACUCAACCCGGGACUUGCACAUGCGAUUCGGGAUAUGCAAGACGCUGGGAUAACAUAUGUGCGCCCAUCUGCCAAGAGCCAUGUCCUGUACAUGCGAUCUGUAUAGCGCCAGAUACUUGUAGCUGUUUGGAGGGUUAUAAAUUCAAUGAAGACUUGAAAAAAUGUAUGCCGGAGUGCCAAUACGGUUGCGCCUUGAAUAUGUAUUGCCAAUCGCCUAACCAAUGCGCUUGCCGCACUGGCUACAAACUGCAAACAAACACCACGGGUGAUGAAGAUGAGACAACGGUUAGCAACGGAGCGCGGUGUUUACCCGUCUGCAGGGAUGGCUGCCCCGCGAACAGUGAGUGCUUUGCGCCAGAUGAGUGCCGUUGUACGGAGGGUUACACUAUGCAGAUCGCAGACGAGGAGGGUCAGUUUAGGAGUAAAGGCGAAUGUGCGCCGGUAUGCGUGGAUCAAUGUCCACAGCAUGCCAGUUGCGUUAGUCCGAAUGUGUGUGAAUGCGCAUUGGGUUACGAAAUGCUUAAUCCACCUCAACAUCGUCGUUACUGUCAAGCGCUAUGCACGCAAAAUUGCGAACUGAAUGGCAAGUGUGUGGCGCCGGAUGAAUGUGAAUGCUUUCCCGGCUAUGAGCAUGUGAACACCACAAACGCCAACUCAGAUCCACAAGAGCUCUACUGUCAACCCGUUUGCUCCAAUGGUUGUGCGCAUGGCAAUUGCGUGGGACCCGAAAAGUGCAUAUGCCAGUCGGGCUACCUGAUGGGCGGGCAAGGUGUGUGCGAACCCACGUGCACCAGGGAAUGUCUGAAUGGACGCUGUAUUGGCGUCGACGUUUGUAAAUGUAAUGACGGCUACCAACUAUCCGCACACGACUUGAGUAAAUGCGAGCCCAUUUGCAGUAAACCCUGUAUUAAUGCAGACUGCAUCGCACCGGAAAUUUGCCUGUGUCGAGAGAAGUAUAGACCUAUGAUUGGUGAGAACCUAACAAACGUAUGUUCGCCCAUGUGUUGGCCGGAGUGUGUAAAUGGUGUUUGUGUUGCACCGGAUCAGUGCAGCUGUAAUGAAGGUUAUGUGCGACUAUCAAAUUCAACACAGCUGCACAUCUGCGAGCCAUACUGCUCUGGUUGCAAAGGUGGCUAUUGCGAAACACCAUCGAAUUGCGUCUGUCCCGAGGGCUCGAAAUUGUCAGUUAUUGGUGACACAUCGGAAUGUACUACAAUUGUAACGAGUAGUAUGGCAGCAGUUGUUACAAUUGACGAUACUACAACAAGUGUAAUUCAAACAAAAACAUUAAUAUCUGGCACUGAUGAAGUUGAGGUGCUCAGUGGCACUAGUAUUGGAAACGAAAUCGACGCUCUAUUACAGCCAAUCGACUUGAAUAAGUGUACCGACACGUGCGAUUGUUGGAAAGAAACUCCGAGCGAUGAGUGCUUUGUAAUAUGUGGGUCAAAGAAAACGAAUUGCCUGGAGCCGCAGUUUUCUGAAUGCAUAGAGCUCAGCAAACGAAUUGAAUACAGAGUUUCUGAUGCACCAAAAAUAUAUACUUGUUUUAUGAAUAGUUCCAAGGAUUCUCUGAAAACUGGCGCCGCUGCACAGCCAUUGCGCAUGACUAUUAAUGGCUUGAUUUUCGCUGCAUUAAUGUUGGCUGUGUUUGUUACCUGCAGGCAUUUCAUUAUAAGGACUUCGGCUAUGUUUCAAUCGGCAUCAGCACACCUGUCCGUCCGGCAACCAAUUCAACAUGGAACCAAUGUGAGUUUAUAUACGCUGCUGAUCUGUUGCUUACUCAGCUUAAACGCUGCCGCAACAUUCACCAUCACCGGCAAAUAUUGCCAACGAAAUGUUAGCGUCAAAUAUCAGGAGCCAGUGCUGCAUACGAAUGACCGCCAACAUAUACAACGUAGCGCAGAUCUCAGUGGUGUUUUGGAAACAGCAGAGAAUAGCACGCUUCUAGCCCACGUCGCUAUAGCCAACGCCACCGCAAACUAUCUCAUAUACGAAUCGCGCGUACGCUGGGAAACCACCAACGUUUGCUGUCCUGGCUACAGUCCCUUGCUCUUCAGCUUUUGUGAACCCAUCUGUGAUACAACCUGCCCGCGUUUCAGCUAUUGUGCCACGCCCAAUCAGUGCCAGUGUUUGCCAGGCUACGAGCAGCAUCAUCCGAAUAAUAAGAAGCUGCACCUGCUAGACUGUCGGCCAGUCUGUGCCAAUGGCUGUCCACCGCAUAGUCACUGUGUGGCUCGAAAUCGCUGCCAGUGUCGUGAAGGCUUUCGAAAUACCAGCAAAUGGUGGUUCCUGCCACUGAAGUGCGAACGCAUACGGUGUGCAGCGCCCGAUCAGCGUUACGAUGUCGCACAGCGCUUGUGCGUGAAGAUAGAGAUGAGCAUGGAACAACUAAUGCGAAAGGUCGCUGAACGCUUAGCAAAAGGUUUAAAUAUUGCGGCGGAAGAUAGCGGAGAGCAGAGCAAUGACGAAGAGGCAACAAGUGAGGAGGUGGAUAGUGAAAUUGUGACAGAGAACAAUUCGUAUGCAUAUUUGACAAGAAAUUAUUGUAACUCUGUAGUUUUAUACAAAUUAAUUUUAAUUUUAAUUUAUGAGAUGCAUUUCAAAAAUUUAAUAACGCUCACUGCCAGCUUUUUUUUGUUCGGAUCUGUUUCGGGCGAUUUGUGUUCGAAAAGUAUGGAAUUGCGGAAAAUUCGUAAAAAUCAGACAAUAAACUGGUCCGAACGCCAAAAUGAUUAUAACAAAUAUGAUACAGAUGUUCUUGCAGAGCUAUGUGAAGAUGGCUAUACGGCAAGGAUUUGCACUGAAUACAAAAUUGUUUGUGAACCCGUGUGUCUUGCAGGCUGUGAAAAUGGCAUUUGCACAGCGCCAGGUACAUGCGAUUGUGCGGUAGGCUUCGAGUUGCGCAGCAAUCUAGAAAAGGCUGAAUGUGUACCGGUAAUACUAAACAACGGUGUGAGGCUUACAAAAGGCUUAGCAUUAACCAAAGAGGAAACUGAAGAUAAUAAGGAUUUGAGCAUCUGUAAAGAAACGUGCUACUGUUGGAAAGAGGAUCCCGCUGAAAUGUGCACCAGGCUUUGUGAGACAGAAAAUAAUCGUUGUCUGGAACCGAAAUUCUCGUUUUGCAAUGAAUCAGAUGGCUCUAUAAUUUAUAAGAAAGAUGCAAAUCCGAAAAUCUACUUUUGUUCUGUUCCAAAAACCUAUACAACUAACUAUAAAGCCGAUUAUGCCACCCGAACCCGUUGGAUCAUAAUAGGCGGGUGCAUUUUUAUUGGAAUAAUGUUAAUCGCCAUCUUCUAUCUGUGUGUGCGUAUAUAUCAAACUCGACAUGAGACAGGUGCACAUGACAUUCCCAUUAGCUUGCUUAUGAACCUGCUGUUGCACGGCAGUAUGUGCAGCGAAAGAUGCCAGCUCCAACACAAAGGCGGCAAUGAGCGCUUCCCUAAGGACUUCUCUUUUGGCGUUUCGACUGCCGCUUACCAAAUAGAAGGCGCUUGGAAUGAAGACGGCAAAGGACUCUCCAUUUGGGAUACAUACACGCAUGCGCAUCCGGAGCGUAUACAGGAUCGUACAAAUGGUGACGUAGCGGCGGAAUCUUAUUAUCGUUUUGAGCAAGAUUUAGCGGCGCUGAAGAAACUCAAGGUCAACUUCUAUCGCUUUUCGUUCUCAUGGCCCCGCCUUCUACCCAAUGCAGAUACGACGGUGAUAAAUCAAAAGGGCAUUGACUAUUACAACAUGAUGAUAGACAAGCUAUUGGCGAAUAACAUUGAGCCCAUGGUUACGAUGUUUCACUGUGACCUGCCAGAGGCGCUCAACAAAUUCGGCGGCUUCACCAAUGAUAUUAUUAUUAAGUAUUUCCGUUAUUAUGCUAAGUUCCUGUACGAAACAUUUGGUGAUCGCGUCAAGAAGUGGAUUACCUUCAAUGAACCCUUCGAUUAUUGCAAUUUGGGCUAUGGCAAAUCGUACUUUCCGCCGCUGGUGCAUUCACCCGGUGUUGCCGACUACCUUUGCAUGGAUAAUACAUUGCGCGCUCAUGCCGCGGCUUACCGCGCCUACAGAGCGAACUAUUUCCAGAAGCAAGGCGGUAAAAUAGGCAUUACAAUUAGCAGUCGCUUCUAUUACGCGCAGCAUAGGAGUUACGAUGAAGACGUAGUCGAGCGUGCCAUGCAGUAUUCGCUCGGUUGGUUGGCCAAUCCCAUUUUCGGCAAAACUGGCAAUUAUCCUCAGCUCGUAUUGGAUGAUAUUAGAAACAAUAGCUUAAGCGAAGGUCUAUCCUGGUCACGCUUGUCGCCGUUUAAUGAACUCUGGUCCAAGGUUAUACGAGGUGCUGGCGAUUUUUUGGGUCUCAAUUAUUACACUUCUCGUUAUGCUGCGUUAGCUAAAACACCCGCCGGCGAGAUACCCUCUUGGGAAUAUGACUCGCAACUCCAAUAUUUCGUUGACGAGAAAUGGCAACAGGGCAACUCUAAUGGGCUUUACUGUGUGCCACAAGGACUAGAAGAUAUUCUGAAGUGGAUCCGCGACCGCUACGAUAAUGUCGAGGUCUUUAUAACGGAGAAUGGUUGGUCGGACUAUGGCCAAUUAGAGGAUACGGAUCGCGUCGAUUACCUACAGGCUCACUUGCAAGCGGUGUUAAAUGCCAUCAAUGAUGGCUGCAAGGUCACUCAUUACUCACACUGGAGCUUAAUCGAUAAUUUCGAGUGGAAUAUGGGAUAUACUCAAAAGUACGGUCUCUACUAUUUGAAUAUGACGAGUCCAACUAAAGAUCGCAUAGCCAAGAAGUCUGCCUAUUAUUACAGAAGUGUUAUCGAUGCUGUCAACUCGCUCUUAUCAUUUGCGUUUCUGUUUUGCUUCGUGUACUGUGUACAUUUUGAAAAGUAUUGGACAACAACAACCACCACCGUCAAGCCGUGGCAUGUACGCCAGCCGGGCCUAUCACUACCGCUGCCCAAUAGUCACCCGUCCAAGUGUUUGCGUGAAGUGCCCGCGGUAUUCUUUCAGUUCGAGAAGGACAUGCAAGUGGUGGGCAACAGCACAAACAGUAUUUAUUUCAAUGUCAUAGAGGUCUGCUGCAAGGGUUAUAAACGCUACGACUUCGACUGGAACCGCUGUGUGCCGGAUUGCGGCAACAAAUGUCAGGCUAAUGGAUUUUGUAUGCCUGGCGGCAUUUGCAAAUGUUUUGAUGAAUUCGUUCACAAUCACCGCAAUGUCUGCAUACCGACUUGUCCGCUUGGCUGUCCGCAUGGGCAGUGUUAUCUGAAUGGCACCUGCAUUUGCGAGGCGGGCUACGAGUUGGAUCCGACACGAAAGUACUGCAUGCCGCGCUGUGAGUCCAGUUGUGCGCGCAAUGAGAUUUGCGUCGAGCCGAAUAAGUGCAAUUGUGCCGAGGGAUAUACGCAUGCGCUGCCUCCCAGCACCAUGGGCUGUCAACCUGUUUGCAUACCGGAUUGUGGUUUCGGACACUGCGUGGCGCCGAAUGAGUGCGAGUGCUUCCACGGCUAUCAAAAGCGCUUGAAUCGCAUAUCUUGUGAGAGUAACUGUUAUAUGCGUUGCGAAAAUGGCUUUUGUGCGAAUCAUACGACCUGCAUUUGUCAGAACGGUUACCGUUUCGACCAGAAUACGAGCUCUUGUCUGCCCGUUUGUGACGAAGAUUGCGAAAACGGCAUUUGCGUCUCGCCAGGCGUAUGCCGCUGCUUCAACGGUUAUGUGCGUCGCGGUCCAAAGUGCGAGGGUAUAUGUGAGGCUGGCUGCGGCUUUUAUGGCAAAUGCAUAGCGCCGAACGUUUGCGGCUGCUCUACAGUUGAGGGUCCCGUGCGCAACUUUCAACGCUGUGCACAUGGAAACUGCAAUUCCAAAGGUCGUUGUCGCUGCAAGGAGGGCUUUGUGCGUUUCAUCGAUCAGUGCAUGGAGCCAGAUAAGGUUACCACUUACGCAUCUAUGCGGCCCAGCAGACUAAAUCAGACACUGCUGCAGGAGUUUAAUAUCGGCGAAGCCAGCGAGCCUACCUUGAAGCUGCAAACAAUCUCCUAUUGUUGUCCAGGCUAUAGACGCGUUUUGCAGUCGUCGGCAAUGCAUUGCGAGCCGAACUGCUCAGAGGAUUGCACGAAUGGCAUCUGCACGGCGCCGGACGUUUGUGAGUGUUAUCCGGGCUACACACGCGCCGGCGGGCGCUGCGAGGAACUGCUUUUGCCGCAAACGGACGUGUCUCAUUUUCGAAUUAGUACAAUAACACAGCACUUGUAUAAAUACGCUCACAUACAUACAUACAUACAAAUAUUCUUACGAAGUGAUCUCAACGCACAAUUUGCAAAUCCAAUGCAUUCGCUUGCCACAUUUGUAAGCGCACUGCUGCUGCUGACAGUGGUCGCGCAUGCGCAGAUCAAAACAUCCGGCAUUAAGACCCACUAUCCUGCCGCACCAAACUCCGCCAACUUGCUGUACAAUGAACACAACUACACUGCGCAAUACAAUCGCACCUUCACCGCAGCGAACACCUAUCAGGGUGGCAAUGCUGACGUGGUGAAUGCUGUCGAUGGCGAGGGAAAGUCGCAUUUGGCCAACGGCAAUCACCUGGCAGCUGGCGAGGAAUACCACUACUAUGGCGCUGGCGGCAGUUACAGCAGCGGUGGCAGUGCCACGCAACGCGUGACACAAUUUGUAGAUGCGGCCGCGGAAUUCGUCAACAAGACACGCUCUCAAAUGGCUUCUGGCAUUUGCUACAUGGAAGUGCCAACCUCAACACUGGUACGUGAUAAAACAAUGAUACCAGCUGGUAAUGGCACCAGUGCGGAUAAGAGCAAAAUUAAAAUAUGCUGCCAGGGCUAUGUGCGCAACCCACAUGUCUACUCACGCUGCGAUCCAGUCUGCCUCGACGACUGCCCUAAUGGCAUUUGCACAGCGCCCAACACCUGCGUCUGCAUACCCGGCAACGUACGCAAUCACGAGGAUAAAUGCAUCUCUACCUGCCCCAUCGGCUGCGGCAAUGGUGUGUGCGAUGAGCAAAAUCAAUGCAAAUGCAAGACCGGCUACACGCUGGAUCUGAAAACCCAGAAAUAUUGUGUGCCUCAAUGCGACAAGCCCUGCGAUUAUGGCAAGUGUGUGGCGCCCAAUAAAUGCGAUUGCUUUGAUGGUUACCGUUUGACCGCUGGUGGUGUUUGUGAGCCGAAAUGCGACAAUUGCGAGAAUGGACGCUGCUCAGCGCCGGGCUUGUGCACGUGCGACCAGGGUUACACGAAAGUGGAUGGCGUUUGUGAACCUGUGUGCACUCUCGGCUGCGAGAAUGGACGUUGCGUAGUCCCCGAUGUAUGCGCGUGCACCAACGGUUUCGAGCAGGAUCGCUCCGGCACCAAGUGCAUUCCACGUUGCGAUCAACCUUGUCUGAAUGGCGUCUGCGAUGGAGCAAAUAGUUGUGCCUGCAACCCCGGCUAUGUUUUGGACCCGGUGCAAAAGAAUGUAUGCCAGCCACAUUGUUCGCAAGGCUGCCCCAAUGGCUAUUGCACUGCACCAAACUUUUGUGUCUGUAAGCCGGGUUACCGCAAGUCUGGUAUUAAGGGCCGUCAAUCAUGCAUAGCUGUCUAGUAUAAUUUGUUAUAUUACUUAAACUUUUCAUUUCAUGAAUAAUUUGUUGUAAAAAGAGCAAAAUAUAUUUAUAUUAAUAAAAGUAAAACUUAUUUAG